CUGGAAGCGUUUUUUUUUCAGUUGAUCUCCUCAAUAGUCAGGUCGUUUUGAGAGGAUGUGAAAAAACUGGCUUUAUAUUAAUUACAGCCGCUCGAGCCAGUGUUACUCAAAAGGUACAUCGUUGCGUAUGGAAAAAUGGGCAGUUGUUAAGCAAAAAGUCAUGGUCUGCAAUUGUUUCUGGAAUGCAAUACUUUGCUCCCAUAACAAAUCCUGAUGGUACAGGUGAUGAGCCAUUCAGAUGGCUAACGAGGGAGGUUAUCGAGGAGAAAACUCCUGCCGGCGAAGUGGAGGAUCCAUAUUUGCAUCCGUAUAUAGGCGCUGGGGAUGCUGUAGGUGGAGUGGUAGAUGCAAAAGUGACUUCUGAAAAAAUUCAACUACAACGAAUUGUCUCGAGAUGUAGCUGUGAGAUAUACUUUUGCUAUUUCUCGGAAGAAUUGAAAACUGACGACAUUGAGGAGACUGGAGUCCCAAAGAUUGAGCAAGAGCGAACCAUAGGUGUAGAAGAAAUCGGAGUCGAUUGUGUAACAGUCAAGCAUAAUAUGUUGGAAGCAAUUAGCAACUCGGAACAGGAUAUGGUAGCGUUACAGUAG